AUGCCGACGCUGGCCCGGGCGCAGCUGCUGUGCCCGCUGCGCCCCGCCGCGCGCGGAGCCGCCGCGCCCGCACGCUGCCCGCGCGUCACCGAGAGCCGCUUCUGCCACGGCUGGACGCUGCACCAGCUCGCGGACGGCUACCGCUACUGUGCCGACGACGUCGUGUGCUCGCACCUGGCCAUGGAGGCACGCCCCGGGGCCAGGCGGCUGCUCGAGCUGGGCUCGGGCGUGGGCACCAUAGGCCUGCUGUGGCUGGGGCAGCAGCCGCGCCCCCCGCCGCCGGGCUCGUGCCGGCUCCUGGAGGCUCAGGAGGUCAGCGUGGCCCUGUGCCGCAGGACGCUGCGGCGCUGGGGCCUGGAGGACUCCGUGGACCUCCGCCACGGGGACCUGCGCGAGCCAGAGACGGUGGCAUCCCUGGGGACUGGCUUCGACCUCGUGGUCACGAACCCGCCCUACAUGCAGCCGAACGUGGGCGCCCUGCCGCGGAGCUCCCAGAAGAGGCACUGCCGGCACGAGCUCCGCGGCGGCCUGCGGGACUUCUGCGCGGCGGCCCGCGCCGCGCUCGCCCCCGGCCACGGCCGCCUCUGCCUGGUCCACACCGCCUCGCGAGACGCGGAGGUCUCCGAGACGCUGCGGGAGUUCGGCUUCCAGAUCCUGCGGCGCGUGGGCAUCUUCUGGCGCGGCAGCCGCAAGAGCGUAGCCUUCGUGGCCGCGUCCGGCGCGCCGGGCGGGGCCGCCACGGGCGGCCCGGGGCCGGCGGAGGAGGCGGUGGAGGUGCAGCAGGCCGACGGCGCGUGGUCCCCGCAGUACAGGGGCAUUUGCGAGCAGCUCGGCCUGUGA